CUUGAAUUAAAGAAAGGUAAUAGCUUAAUAUCAUAUUUACCAUUGCAAAGUUCAUAGAUACAUAGGUACCAGUAAUAUUGUAGUUAGGUUACUUGCCCUACAAGGAACCUGCUGGAGGAGCUCAGUGGAUCGAGCUGCAUCUGCGAAGGACAGGGAUUGCUCAUCGUCUGGUUGAAACCCUACAACGGGAAUAUUACAUUCCUCCCACAAAUGCUGCUUGGUCUGGUGAAUUCCUGCGGACUCCAGCACCUGUAGUCUCGCAUCGAGUUUUUAUACAUAAAUGCCAAGGAUAACAUCAUGGGCAACGCUCUUAAAUCUGCACCAGUUGAGUCAGCAACUGCUUCAGACUCCAAUACAGCAAACAGCAAUGAUGUGUUGGUUGUAAUUUAUGAUUACCCACCACCAACGAUAAGCCAACCAGUCUUCAAAAUGGGGGAGAAGCUGCGCAUUGUAGCUGAAGAAGGUGAUUGGUGGAGAGCAAGGUCCAUUGCUGAGGGACAUGAGAACUACAUCCCUCGUACCUGUGUAGCUCGAGUUUACCAUGGCUGGCUCUUUGAAGGAAUCGGAAGAGUAAAGGCAGAAGAGUUACUGCAGAUGCCAGGCAACCGAGUGGGUUCCUUCUUGAUAAGGCAAAGUGAAAGCCGAAAAGGUACAUAUUGCCUCUCUGUCAGGCACUACAGUACUCUACAUCAGAAAUAUGUGAAGCAUUACCGGAUCUUCCGUUUACCAAAUAGGUGGUAUUAUAUCCAGGAACGCCUCACCUUUCAGUGUCUAGAAGAUCUGGUAAACCAUUAUUCCGAGGUAGCAGAUGGUUUGUGCUGUUUGCUGACCCACCCUUGUCUCGCACAGCUCAACCCUGAAAGCCCUCCUCAAGAGCCAGUUGUCCUACGUAAUAGUAACUUCAGCUGGAGAAAUGUCAACAGAGCUGAACUGCUGAACGACAAUUUAUCAGCAAAAAAUGAUACAUUCCUCAGUUAUGGGCUGCGACACAGUAUUGCAUCGUACAUGAGCUUAUCACAGUUUGAUGACAACUCAAUUGAUGGUAGCAACAAGAAGAGAUGGCAUCAAUCUAUCAAAGCCAAUGCUCAGGCCCGGCACAGCUGCCUGCUUACUUCACCAAUGGGAGAUAUAUACGAGGAUGACUUUGAAUAAUGUGUGCUCCCUACCCACUUGUGAAUUACUCAUCCUUAAGUGAGCCAUUAAGUGUUGUGCCAGAGACUUUUGCCAUGCAUCAUAAAGCACAGUGUUGUGCACCAGGAGAUGUGACUGCUCUCUAUAUCUUUUCACUAAUCUUUACAACAGCUUAUUUGCAUCUUCAGGUAAUUGUGCACAAGUGUUCACACAAGACCUCUCCUCGUGUAUCCUGAGAUAUCUGCUUUGUAAAUAUGAUUAUUUAAGUUGCAUAACAUAAUAUGUUUUCCAUGUCAAAAUCUUAUUUGAGGAGGGACAUCCUGUUCAAUGGGAAUAAUUCUGUGAAAGUUUUGAGACAGUGCAGAAUCUUGUGCCUCACCUUUAUUCAAUGCUGAAUUUUACAGCUGUCUCAAGGAGUUGUGCAGUAUGUGAUGUUUAUCUGUCCUCUUCUGAAGGGGCUUAUCCAAAAUUUAGACUAGAAAAUCAGCUAUGGUCACAUAUAAACUCUAGUGAAAUCUUUAUAUUCUUCUAACAUUCUAUGGGUGAAAACUUAAAUUAUUUAGAUAUUGGAAAGAAUGUUCUACUGUCAAAUGCUCCACUGCCAAUUAGCUUGAUGACACACAUUCCGAGCAUUGUCAGAGGCCAAGUUGGACAUAAGGGACCUUGUCGAACAAACGAUGCAAAUUUUCACAUUAAUUCUUCGGACCUUUAUCCAUUAAGGCAACUAUAAAAACAGACAAGGACGUAACCGUAUACAUGGGAAACCCCGAGUCCAAAAAAUUAAAACUUCUUUUUAAAAUGUGGUCAAUAAAAAAGUAUUGGACAAUGGAAGCAUUACUUACACAUUGGAGUCUGAUCAUACCAUCCAAACUAGUUUCAGUUUAGAUACUUAAAAGUGAUUGGCUGUCGUUCUUGUGGUAUUCAGUUUUUUCAGCAGCCUACUUCAUCCAAUCAGGCUCUUACUUCACCAUCCAUGAGUCAUGGGCAUACAAGCACAAGGACCCACAUCAAUACUAAUAAAUGUCUACACACACAAAUAGAUUAAGAUACGGCAACAAGUAUACUGAUACACAAUGUUCACAUACUGCAUACAUUGUCCUCAGAUGAACUGUAGUAUCAAUGUGUGUUUCAAUAAUAGAAUUAAUGGGUUGCACUCUGCUUCCAAAAGGAAGUUCCAUGGCCUAAAUUUGUAUCUAGAAAAGGGGGUGAUGUGCUUAUCAGCAAAUGAUUGACAAGGUAACAAAAAGGUCAAUAUUCUUAAUUUAAAUAUAUGUGUUCACAAACAUGUGAAAAAAACUAUAUUGAAUUGUUGUUGUUUAUAUUGCUCAGUUUCUACCAUGUAAUAUUGUAAAAUAAUUAAAAUUCUA